CAGUAGGCUCAUUAUAUCACUAAAUUAUUCUCUGAAUAUCAAGUCAUAUGCAGUAGAUCAUGUCUUCCACAUUAGCUUCAUAUAUCCACUAGGGGGCAGACGGUCACUUCUUAAAAAUGUCCUCUUGUGUGAUCCAAACUAUUUUGUGACCUGACGUGCCCAUGUAGGCUAUUAUCUGUAUGCAUUGAUGAAAUACUGUAUAGGACAAUCACAAACAAACAAGUUGUUUAUGUAUCUAUAAUACAUGGCUCCAAAUAGACAGACAUCAUAGAGGGUGAAAUGCGCUCCCAGAAAUGUCCCUGUGGAAUGAUAAUCUGCAGUCCCUCCUUCUUAGACGUCACAACUACCACUUACUAUAAAGUAUCAGUGAAAUCACAGCGCGUCCAUUGAGUACAAGACUCUGUUGCGCAAAGGGGACAGGAGCGUGAGGGAGAGCGGCACUGACCUUACACCAGCAAAAGUUGAUGGAAAAGAAAAAAUGCAAUGGAGAAAGUACAUUUUGUCAUGAUGAACGAAUGACGAGGGAAAACAGAAGAUGUCAAGGGUGUGACACAACAUUUGAAGGAAGAAUAGAAAGACGACAGAUUGAGUGAAAAGGGGUCUCAGAUAAGAUAAAGAUAAUAUUCAAGAAUGAUCUGGACUAUUCUUGGAAUGGACACCCGGAUAGCACUCAGAUGACACUAGACCUAUAUUGACAAGAUGGGUUUCCUCGGGGGAAAGGACUCAUUGACCUCCUGAAUGCAAAGAGAGAGAGGAUAACAUUUCAUCUGGAAUUUAGUCCAAAUUAUUUCGUGUCUUUUUCUGUUGCCCCUUUACCAUACUUUCUUAUAUUUCAUCAGCUUAUUAGCUAAGCAAGGGCAGAUAGAAAUAUGCAUUUGGGUAAAGCACUUCUGUUUUUCCUCCUGUUGAACUGUGUGACCAUGACUUUGUCACUAUCCACUUGCACCACUGUGGACAUAGACCACAUAAAGAAAAAGAGAGUAGAGGCAAUCCGAGGACAGAUUCUCAGUAAACUUCGACUGACCAGCCCGCCGCAAACAUUGAGUCCGAAUCAGGUACCGUUUCAGGUGCUGGCGCUCUAUAACAGCACGAAGGAGCUGAUCGAGGAGUUGGGGAGAGACAGACAGCACAGUUGUGGGCAGGAAAACACGGAGACUGAAUAUUACGCCAAAGAGAUUUACAAGUUCAAUAUGAUUAAUGGACCACCAGAAAACAAUGACCUUCCCUACUGCCCCAAGGGCAUCACUUCCAAGGUAUUCCGCUUCAACGUUUCCGCCAUGGAGAAGAACUCCACUAACCUCUUCAGAGCAGAGUUCCGAGCCCUUCGUGUCCCCAACUCUAGUGCCAAGAGGAACGAGCAGCGGAUUGAGCUCUACCAGAUUCUGCGGCCAGACGACCACAUAGCUAAGCAGCGCUACAUCGGGGGCAAGAACGUCCUGACCAAAGGAACGCCAGAGUGGGUCUCCUUCGAUGUCACAGACACAGUCAGGGAAUGGCUUAUGUACCGAGAGACCAACCUGGGCCUGGAGAUCAGUGUGCACUGCCCCUGCCACACCUUCAACACCAACGGUGACAUUAUCGAAAACGUUAAUGAGGUGCUACAAGUCAAGUUCAAAGGUGUGGAGGGUGACUACGAUGAGAGCCGCUGGGACCUGGGCAGACUGAAGAAGCAGAAGGAGCAGCUCUUCCCUCAUCUCAUCCUCAUGAUGCUGCCCCCUCAUAGGAUAGACGCCCAGUCCUCAUCUCGCAGACGCAAGAGAGCCCUGGACACCAACUACUGCUUCUCUAACUAUGAGGAGAACUGCUGUGUACGACCCCUCUACAUUGACUUCCGCCAGCACCUGGGCUGGAGGUGGAUCCACGAGCCUAAGGGAUACUACGCUAACUUCUGCUCUGGGCCCUGCCCUUACUUACGGAGCGCAGACACCACACACAGCUCGAUGCUGAGUCUGUACAACACCCUGAACCCUGAGGCGUCUGCCUCUCCCUGCUGUGUGCCUCAGGACCUGGAGCCCCUCACCAUCCUCUACUACGUGGGCCGUACGCCCAAGGUGGAGCAGCUCUCCAACAUGAUUGUCAAGUCCUGCAAGUGUAGCUAA